AUGGAAGCUAGAGUUGGGACGUCGGCACAUGGAGGGGUUGUGGACGGUGGUACAUCUACCAGGAAGUUUAUACACCAUCAACAUUCUGGGCCGCAACGACAGCAGCAGCAGCCUGUGUCGCAGAUUGGAACUGUUCCUCAACUCCUCGCCGGUGGCGUCGCAGGAGCUUUCAGUAAGACCUGCACCGCUCCUCUAGCUCGCCUUACCAUUCUCUUUCAGGUACAAGGUAUGCAUUCCGAUGUUUCAGUAUUGAGUAAACCUAGCAUAUGGUGUGAAGCCCUACGUAUUGUCAAUGAGGAAGGUUUUAGAGCUUUCUGGAAAGGGAAUUUGGUUACGAUUGCUCACAGGCUUCCGUAUUCUUCGAUCAGCUUCUAUGCUUAUGAACGCUACAAGAAUAUUUUAAAAUCUAUUCCAGGCCUUGAUGGUCAUGGGGAAAAUCCAAGUGCAAAUGUUUUUGUGCAUUUUGUUGGUGGUGGUUUGGCAGGAAUGACAGCUGCUUCUGCCACAUAUCCACUGGAUCUUGUCAGGACACGGCUUGCUGCACAGAGGAAUGCAAUAUACUACCGUGGCAUUUGGCAUGCGCUUCAUACCAUAUGCAGAGAUGAAGGUUUCCUUGGCUUGUACAAAGGACUCGGUGCAACAUUAUUGGGUGUUGGACCCAGCAUAGCAAUAAGCUUUUCUGUUUAUGAGAGUCUGAGAUCCUAUUGGCAUUCUCAAAGGUCCAAUGAUUCCGUGGUCGCAGUCAGCCUUGCUUGUGGAAGUCUUUCGGGCAUUGCGUCAUCAACAGCGACAUUCCCUUUGGAUCUUGUGAGGCGAAGAAUGCAAUUGGAAGGGGCUGCUGGUAGGGCACGAGUGUAUAAUACUGGGUUGUUAGGGGCAUUUAGGCACAUAAUCCGUACUGAAGGCUUGCGUGGUCUAUACAGAGGGAUUAUGCCUGAAUACUACAAGGUUGUUCCGAGUGUGGGGAUUGUCUUCAUGACGUAUGAAACCCUGAAGAAACUACUGUCACAAGGGCCUUUUAGUUCUUAA